AUGGAAAGUGAGCCUGACUUAUCAGAUGGUUACUGGAUGGUUGGAGUUAAAGAUGGAGGUUGUGGUCUGGAGCUCCUCCUGGUCCUGUGGGGGUUGGAGUUAUCUCACCCGUGCCCACGUCACUGCAUCUGCUACACCUCUCCCAGCACGGUCAGCUGCCAGGCCCACAACUUCCUGUUUGUGCCGGAGGGCAUCCCAGCCCAGAGCGAGCGCGUCUUCCUGCAGAACAACAAGAUCCAGCGCCUGCUUCAGGGUCACUUCAGCCCGACCACCGUCAUGCUUUGGCUCUACUCCAACAACAUCUCCUACAUCCAGCCCUCCACCUUCAUGGGCUUCACCCGCCUGGAGGAGCUCGACCUGGGGGACAACCGGCACCUGCGCUCCCUGGCCGUGGAUACCUUCCAGGGGCUGAGCCGUCUUCACGCUUUGCACCUCUACCACUGUGGCCUCGUGAGCCUGCCUGGUGGAAUCUUUGAAGGCCUGCACAACCUGCAGUAUCUCUAUCUACAGGAUAAUGAGCUCGAGUUUUUAGAGGAUGAUCUCUUCGUGGAUCUUCUGAACCUCAGUCAUCUCUUCCUGCAUGGGAACCGUCUGUGGAGCCUGCACCAGAACACGUUCCGCGGGCUCGGGGCCUUGGACCGGCUUCUGCUGCACCAGAACCGGCUGCAGUGGGUCCAUCGCCUGGCCUUCCACGACCUUCGCCGCCUCACCACCCUCUACCUCUUCAACAACUCGCUGCCCGAGCUGCCUGCCCAGAGCCUGGCGCUCCUGCCUGCCUUGGAGUACCUGCGUCUCAACGACAACCCCUGGGAGUGCGACUGCAAGGCCGUACCGCUCUGGGAUUGGCUGAGACGCUUCAGGGGCUCCACCUCUUCGCUCUUGUGCGUGGCCCCGCCCGAACUCGCCGGCCGCGACCUGAAGCGGCUGAAGAAAGAGGAGCUGCCCAGCUGCUCUGGGUCAGAGUCCUUGCACCAGAGCAAAUCCGGCAGCCAGGGGGACGUGGGAGUGUCCCUGAAGAAGGAGCACCAUCACCGGUCGCACAACCACCAUCACCAUCCACAUCUUCCUCACCAGGAUCAGCACUAUCCGCCUUCUCCGUCACCCCUUCCCAAACCCCCGGCCGGGGGCAAGUCCGGCCGGGCCAGGAACUGCACGAGGCAACGGGGUCGAAAGGCCAAAGGUCAGAACGAAGUGUACAGCCUGAAGGGGCCGGACGACCAGGAGUCGGGCAGCAAAUACGACCCCUCGGUCCCUGGCGGCUCGCCCCCCCGGAGAAAGAAUAAGUGCAUCCCUCGGACAUCUAUACGCCCCCCCAGCGGGGUUCAGAGAGCCAGCAGCGGAGGGUUGUCCCACCUCAGUCCGGGUCUGCUCACACCUUUGAGCCUUCUCCUCUCUCUGUCUGCCCUCAUAGUCCGCUGA